UCGGCCGCCGCUCCGCGCAUGUGCACCCCAGUAACGCCUCCUCUUGUCCACUCGCUCCGGCCUAAGAGAGACACCUUCUCAGCGUCGCUGGAUUUGUGUAGCAGCAGAGGCUGCGAACCCGGGGUUAGUCAGAAGGGGACAUCAAUUGUGAAUUCCUUGACAAAAGGCAGUUGACCUCCCUCGGUGAAAAUGCAAGUGGAACCUUCAGUUUUUUACCUUCUUCCAGGAGCAGCAGAAAAUGAACAUGGCUCAGGGAUCCGUGUCAUUCGAAGACGUGACUGUGGAGUUCACCCAGGAGGAGUGGCCGUACCUGGGCCCCGCUCAGAGGGCCCUCUACAGAGAUGUGAUGCUGGAGAACUACAGCCACCUGGUCUCCGUAGGGUAUUGCAUUACCAAACCCCAGGUGAUCUUCAAGUUGGAGCAAGAGGAAGAGCCCUGGUCCUUAGAGGAGGAAUUCCUAAACCAGAGGUACCCAGGAUAUUACCAAGUUGAUGUCCACAUUGAGGGGAACCGGGAAAAUCAAAAGAAACCUCCAUGGCAAGUAAUAUUCAGUGAUAACAACACACUGAGUAAGAAAUGGCAGAAAGUUUUAGGAAAACCAAUUAAUUUGGAUUUAACUCCACAUUUUUCAGGAAAAAUGCCCUGUAAAUGUAACUCUUGUAGAAUGAAUUUGCCACUUGUUUCUGAAUUAAUUGUUAGUGAUAGAAACUGUUCAAGAAAGAAGGUUGAUUGCAUGAAUGUAUAUGAAAAGUUGCAGCUUGAUAUUAAACAUGAGAAAAUUCAUACUGGAGAUCAGUCUUGCAAAUAUAAUAAAAAUGGGAAAGCUCUCAGUCAUACGAAUAAUCAGAAAUUUCAAACUCUGGAGCAGCCGUUUGAAUGCAGUGAACUUGGAAAAUUUUUACAAGAUGAGACUGUUCUAUGUGUUACACCUCAGAGUUGUCUAACAGGGGAGGAACACUGUCAGGAUUAUGAAUUUGGGAAAAACUAUGAUAAAGCAAUUGUAUUUAACCAAAUGAGAGCUGGCACAAUAGAGAAACGCUUUGAUAUUAAUGACUAUGUGAGAUCCUGUGACAAAACCACCAUUGUGGAAUACAGUGAAGUUCACAGGGCUAUGACAAACUAUGAAUGUAAUGAAAGUGAAAAUAACUUCAAUAGGAAUUCACCCUGCACUCAACCUCAGCGACCUAUCACAAGACAGGGUGCUUUUGAAAGCAGUAUAUAUGAAGAAAACUUGAACCAGAGCUCAGUCUGCUUAGUACAUCAGAAGAUACAAACUGGAGAUAAGUUCUAUGUUUUUAAUGGAUGUACAGAUGCCUUCUGCCAGGAAUUAGACUUUACAGCGCAUCAGAGAACUCAUACAGAAGAGAAAUUCUACAAGUGUGGAAAAUAUGGGGAAUAUGGUAAAUAUGGGGAAUACUCGUAUCAAAACUCACUUCUCAGUGUACAUCAGGAAAGUGACACAGAAGAGAAGUCAUUUGAAAGUAAUGAAUGCAGGAAAUCCUUUUACAAGAAAGCACACCUCAUUCAGCAUGAGAGGACCCACUCAGAGGAGAAAACGUAUGAAUGUGAGGCAAGCAGGAAAUCCUUUUGUUCAAAUUCACACACUAUUCAUUAUCCUGCUGCUCAUAUAGGGGUCAAUCUCUGUGAAUGUAAUGAAUGUAGGAAAACUGUCUGUCAGACGUCAAACCUCAGUGAACAUCUGACAGUUCACACAAAGAAGAACCCUUAUGAUAACAAUGGAUGUGGGAAAUCUUACAAGAAAUCUGCCCUCUUAGUACACCAGAGACAACACACAGAGAUGAAACCCUAUCAAAGUAAUAAAUAUAGGAAAUCAUUCUCCAAGAUGGCACAGCUCAAAGAACCUCAGAGAAUUCACACAGGAGAGAAACUCUAUGAAUGUACUGAAUGUGGGAAAACUUUCUCCAAGACAUCACAUCUCGGAGCACAUCGGAGAAUUCAUAGAGCAGAGAAGCCCUAUGCAUGUAAUGACUGUGGGAAAACUUUUUCUCACAAGACACACCUCAGUGCACAUCAGAGAAUUCAUACAGGGGAGAAACCCUAUGAAUGUACUCAAUGUGGGAAAACUUUCUCCCAAAGGACACACCUGUGUACACAUCAGAGAAUUCACACAGGGGAGAAGCCCUAUGGAUGUAAUGAAUGUGGGAAAACUUUUUCCCAGAAGACACACCUCAGUACACAUCAGAGAAUUCAUACAGGUGAAAUACCCUAUGCAUGUAGUGAAUGUGGGAAAACCUUCUCCCAGAAAUCAUACCUUAGUGGACAUGAGAGAAUUCACAAAGGGGAAAAACCUUACGAAUGUCAUGAAUGUGGGAAAACAUUUGUCUAUAAAGCAGCCCUCAUAGUCCAUCAAAGAACUCACACAGGAGAGAAACCCUAUGGAUGUAAUGAAUGUGGGAAAUCUUUCUCCCAGAAGUCAUAUGUCAGUGCACAUCAGAGAAUUCAUACUGGGGAAAAACCCUAUGAAUGUAGUAUGUGUGGGAAAGCUUUUGCCCAUAAUUCAACUCUGAGAGUACACCAGAGAAUUCACACAGGUGUAAAAUCCUAUCAAUGUAAUGAAUGUGGAAAAACUUUCUCCCAAAAGUCACACCUAUGUGCACAUCAGAGAAUUCACCGAGGGGAGAAACCUUAUGGAUGUAGUGAAUAUGGGAAAACUUUCUACAAGACAUCACACCUUAGAGCACAUCUGAGGACUCGCACAGGGGAGAAACCCUAUGAAUGUAGUAUAUGUGGCAAACUUUUUGCCCGUAAUUCAAACCUUAGAGUACAUCAAAGAAUUCACACAGGAACAAAACCCUAUGAAUGCACUGAAUGUGGGAAAACUUUCUCCCAAAGGACACACCUGUGUGCACAUCAGAGAAUUCACACAGGGGAGAAACCCUAUCGAUGUAAUGAAUGUGGGAAAGCUUUUGCCCAAAAUUCAACUCUCAGAGUACACCAGAGAAUUCAUACAGGGGAGAAACCCUAUGAAUGUAAUGAAUGUGGGAAAACAUUUGUCCGUAAGACAGCUCUUAGAGUACAUCACAACAGAAUCCACACCAAAGAGAAAAAAUAAUAAAUCUGGGAUAUCCUAAAGGAACUCAUACAACACAGUGGAGAAGCUCAUGGCAUAUGGACUGGCAACUUGUUUAAAUAUUUCUUUUUGUGCUAGGCACAUAGCCUGUCUAAAUUUCCCAGUCCAGGUGGGGCUGGUCAUGGAAUAUGAUGCUAUUAUAUUUAAGCUAAAUUGGACCUUAAAAAGUCACCUUAUAUUGUUCCUAUCUGUGUUAUACUGGAAUGUAGAAAUUUCCAUGGCAGACUUUGGUGCUGUGUAUUGAACAUAGAACAGCAGGUUUAAAAAGCUAGAGUCUGAAUAAUUGGGUGAAACAGAAUCCCCCACUGACAGAUCUUCGCCAGUUUGUUUUGUUUGUUUGUUAGGCAAGAUUUAAGUUUCUACUCUGUUGAGCUCUUAAAGAUUUGUGUCGUUUAAAUGCAUGUAGUUUAGGCAACUAUGUUAAAGGGGUAUGAAAUGCUAUAAAUAUAGUAAAUGUCAGAAGACCUAUCAGGAUUCAGCUUAUCAUUGUACUUCAGAGACUUCACAUGAGAAAGAAAACUGUCAAUGUUCUGAAUGAUUAGAAGACUUCGUUAAAAAUCAAAGAAAUCUGAAGGAAAAACAAAAGCCUUUACCGCCAAGUAAACUUCACUAAACAUGAAAUAAUUAAGUUUAUCCUAAAACCUUGUAUUUUGAUAACUGUGAUUUUUGAACAUGUACUGAGUUUGCAUCAGAUAAUUUUUUGAGGAAAUGUAUCAAUUUCAGAAUUAAAGACAAAUUCUUCACCUAGAACAGAUGUACCAAAACUUGUGAUUUACAUGUAGUACUAUGUUUUAUAGUAAAUACAGAAGAAAAUAUUGAACUGUGUGCAAACACUGUGAAUGUGAAGUUUUAAAGAUGGAAGAAUAACAUGAACUCUGUGGACAACACCAAUAAAUGUUUGUGACUACUCUCUGAGCUAUGUGGUACAUCGGUAUGAGGAUGUAACAGAGAUUUCAUUACUGCUUCUAGUAUGAGGCAGUAGCCAAACCUACUCUGGACCUGUUCACUUUCCUUUUUUGAAUGAUAGUCUGUGUGCUGCUUCUGUUGGCUACCCUCAGCUUGAUGCUGUUAGACUUUCGCCUGCCUGCUAUGUCUGAAUAUCAGUCUGGCCCUGUGUUUCUAGGACUUUAUCGAUCCAUGAGAUUUCUAAAGGAUUCUUUGUGUGUGUGUGUGUGUGUGUGUGUGUGUGUGUGUGUGUGUGUAGUGGAUGGUGAUUCUUACAUGCUCUUUGGCCUUCAUUUUACGCCUGCUAGUUGUUCAUUUUGUGCUAAUUAAAUAGGAAGCCUUUGGGAUACAGGGGCUUAUCACUUUGUGAGGGUGUAAAUAUCUAUUACAUUGUUUUGUGUACCUGAAAUUAAAUAAAUAAAUAAAAAGCAAGUCGUCUUAGCCCCCUUGUUUGCAUGUAGCCUGAGCAUCCUCUCUAGGAUUUUUGCAAGCCCGUGAUGCUUGCUCACACUGCAACAUUGCAAACCAGUUAAUUUCUACCGUUCUUGGAUAGCAAGGUUUAGAAUUGGAAUAAAAUCAGGGCUACUUUCAUGUCAGAAGUACCACGUUGGUAUUGAAAAACACUCAAUUUUGGGAAAACAAUGUAGUAUACUCUUAACCAAGGAAACAUUUUGUCAGUCUCUCAUCAUUUCAGGCUAUACGGUUUGGUCAGCACAGAGAAAGAAGUAACUAAAA